AUGGUUCUUCAUGUUCAAAAUGAAGAACCACCCGUACAAAAUCAACAACAGCAAACCGAUAACCAGGACCAACCAUCGCCACAAGUCCUACAGCAAGAUUACGAUUCAAUGAAUUUAGAUCUAGUUCUUCAUGUACAAAAUGAAGAACCAUUGGAACGAACAGCAGAAGAAGAAGAUAAUCAUCAUUAUGUACAAGGUCACCAACAACCACACUUACAAUCCAAAAUCGUCAACAUACCGCAUUUACAAUCCAAAGUAGUCAAACAACGUACACAACAUGAACAGAAGAUAAAAAGCCGAAAAGGAAGCCACUGGAGUCGCCGAAACCGAUAUCGAUGGGAGGUGAUACGACAAGUAUUCAAGGACAAGACUCAAGGUAUUGGUUUUUCAACAACAAUGGUCAAACAAAUUUUACGUUCAAUGGGUAUACGGGAUACAAACAUCAAUAUGGUUGGACAAACAUUGUUUAUUGGUACAAAGAAAGAACAUCAACAAUGGAUUGAACAAGCAUUAGAUCAAGACCAAUUUAAUGAAGAACAUUAUCAUCAGUUCAUAAACAAAAACGACCAUCCAGAACCGUAG